AGGUUGCGAAAUUCGAAAGAGCAAGCAUGAGCGUUCGUCGGUCGCGCUCAUAGCUGCUAGAGAUCUGUGCUCCGUCUCGUGUGACAUUCGGAGUGCUAUGGGUCGCGUGCGUCUGAGAUGUUCCUGUUCCUAGUGUUGGUUUGCGCUCAGCUCUUGCUGAGCGGCAGCUGUUUGCGACUGCAGGGCAGCUUCAACAGCUCGGAUUUCGUCAAACUCGUCGCAAAGUUUGGCUUCGAAAAAACCGAGAACCACGAUCACGUGAACACCCUCGGCUACAUCUACGGGAACCUUACGAGCUCUAGCAGAAACUUGACUCAUAAGGGGACCCUUGUUGUUGUGGAACGUGAACACUUCUUGGAUCUGUGGGGAAACCGGACUCGACUGAAGAAUGCUUGCAGUGCCAUGUUCAAUCAGUUGCAGCGAGACGCAUUCGAUCGAUACUGCAAUGUCAACGGUACUCAGGACUUCCUCAGAAGUUUUCCUUGUCCUAGAGGACAGCUGUGCGAAGAAGAAGACACUCCAUCUCGCGUUCUCAGAUCAAGCCAGUUCACGUACACUGUCAGAGAUAUACAUACGCCUCGCUUCUGGUACGUGACGCUGGUCUCGUGCUACCGAGAUCCCAAGAAUUGUACCUGGCACAACUCGAACGGGGAUACCUUCAUCGUGGACUACGAUAUCCACCUGGUCAACGGACAUCCUCACGAAUCGACAGCGUUCGAUGAUGAGUUCUCAUUCGAGGAACAGGGUUCGCUGCAGAGAACGUGUAUAUUUUUCUUCCUGUAUUUCACCCUGGUUGCCAUGCAGUGCCAUCUCCGCUUUCGCGACGAUCAACGACACCCUUUGACACGGAUAUUAUUCAUGGCGAUAUUGCUGCAAUUCGUAUCGCAUCUCGCUACACUGCUCCAUAGUAUCCUGUUCGCAUCCAAUGGCCAAGGUCUGCCAGACCUCAAAGCCUUCGGCGAAAUCGCUUACAUCUUCGCGCAAUCUUUCUUCAUCGUUCUGAUCUUGGUUAUAAGCAGAGGAUACGCAAUCACUCGAUCCGAAAUCGCUGGGAAAAGGGUUUUGAUUUUCCUUUGGAUCGCAUACUUGAUCGCUCAUCUGGUGCUCUAUGUAUGGGUCAAUACGGAGAUCGACCCGAUCAAAGAAAUCGACGAGUAUGAAACGUAUCCCGGCUGUCUCGUCCUCGGAUUCAGGAUGGCUCUGAUGCUGUUCAUGCUCCGCGAGCUCCGUUCCACCAUGCACUUGGAGAACAAUACUCGAAAACUACGCUUUUACCUUCAUUUGGGUGCCGGACUUCUGUGCUGGUUUAUCUAUCUACCGAUACUCGCUAUUGUUGCGUCACAAGUUUCUUCGCUCUGGAAACAGAACCUCAUCCGUGGGAUUAUGGCGUGUGCGGAUUUUCUAGCUUAUGCUGUCGUGACCCAUGUUCUUUGGCCCGCGGAAAGCCACGACUAUCUUCAGCUGCAGAUGGUUUUCGAAGAAUUCGAUGACUACCGGGAAUUCCGGAAAUAAUAAUUGGAGAGACACAACAGUCUUGGCCUCAUUGUCAGAAUCGAGCAGGGCUUUUUUGACUCUCGAGGAAUCGUAUAUGGAAAAGAAGUCUUAAUAAUGUAUUGAGAAUGAGGUGAUUUUUAUGACCGCGU